AUGCCGAAUCAAGAAUCAUACUGCGGAAUUACGUUACAGAAUAUCGGCAAUUACUACGUCAAGAAUAUAUACGAAUACAUCGGUUUACCAAUCUGUCUCGUUGGUUUGGUUUUCAACCUGCUUAACAUUCUGGUAUUUACGAGGAAAGCCAUGAUUUCCUCGUCCAAUUUCAUAUUCGCUCAUUUGGCCUUCGUAGAUUUCUUGGUUUUACUGGCCAGCGUACCGCAUUUUUGGCUUACGUACAUUCAACCUAAAAGUGGUUUCAGCGUAGAACUGAGCUACGGAUGGACAAUAUAUUACACUCACGGCGAUAAUUUCAUAAUCACGUUUCAGUUCAUAUCUGCAUUCCUGACGGUGCAGUUGGCUGCAUGGAGAUACAUAGCUGUAGUGUAUCCGUUCAAGGAACGACACUGGUGUAACAGGAAAAUCACCCGCAAUGUUGUGAUUGCUGGAUACCUCACGUGUUGCGGUCUAUUCACUAUACCGAAAUAUCUAUCGUUUGAAAUCGAAGCAGUAAAUAAAAAUGAAAACACCGUAGCUUCGUUCAAGCGAAAUAUCAUAAUAUUUACCGCAGGCGAAAUCAUCAAUGGAUUGGUGGUCAGACUAUUGCCAUCGGUUGUUUUGGCAGCACUUACUUCUAGAAUAGUUGCCACCUUAUUAGCGAGAAAAACCCAUCAAGAGAAAUCAACUACAGCAGAACCUCCAUCCGCAUCAAACAUCCGAACAAACAUGAAAAACGCGAAAAUCAGACAACAACAAACCAACAAGUCAACGGCAAUACUGUUGACAGUAGUGACAUUAUUUUUCACUAGCGAAUUUCCAAAAGGACUACUAGUUAUACUUCGAUUGAUGUACGAGGAUCUUCCGGCUCCGUGUUAUAGUUCAUUGAUAGCGAUAUUCGUUACAUUGAGUAAUAUCAAUAUAUCGAUUACGUUCAUGGUGUAUUACAUGUUAGGUCAACAAUUCAGAAUCGCAUUUAAAUCGUUGUUUAACUGUAACGUCGAUAAUACUGUGUCUCAUCAGAAACAAACCACUCUUAAUGCUUUGAGUAAUAAACACACGUCGAAGAGUUCGGUAUUACAGAGGUAUUAA